GGCCACCCCCCUGGAGCCACCUUACUCUUACUUAAAAAAAAACCAGUAAAAGAUGCUACUUUCUACCACGCAUCACCUUACAAUAUACGUCACUAGAAGUUAUAAUACAUAUUACUCGAUUCGUGUUUUUCAGCUUUUUAAACGAGUUCAAGUUUCGUCAAACGGAACGGUUUAUAAAAUAUAGAAAUCUAUGUUUUAUAGAAAGGUAAAAUUUAAAUACAUUACAAUAAUACAAUGGACUGGGACGACCGUGUCAAUCUAGACAACAACGUGUCAUUCCUUUCAUGGAUACGGAAAUACGAUGACGCACGAGAAAAACAGCUGACGGAUUGGGUUUCCACCUUUCACCACGAUAGCCUGCGUUGCAAGCUGGUUACACAUAAACGCGGUGACAGCCGUGGCGCGUAUAACUUGAGUUGCAGGAUGGAGUUCGAAAAUGGGGAGGAGUGGAUGGUGCGUUUUCCCAUGGUCGGAAAAGUUGUCAAUGCCGACGAGAAGACCGAGAUUGAAGUGGCUACGAUGAAUCUAAUCCGUCAACGGACCACGAUACCUAUCCCCCAGGUCAAAGCUUGGGGGUUGGCGGCGGAUAACGCCCUUGGAAUUGGUCCUUUCAUCAUGAUGGAUUUCGUCCAAGGCAUCAGUGUCGCUGACAUUCUUCAAACACCGGAUUCCAGAAUCAUGAGACAGGACAUUAGUGAGAGAGUCAUCGAGGUCAUCUUCCGCCAGAUGAUCAAUUUCUCUCUGCAGCUCCGGAAACUUGGCUUUGCACACAUCGGCAGCUUAACCUCAACGUCUACCGCUAGCGAGGGUGGCUCCGCUGCGACGAUUCAUUCGCGGCCCGUGACAAAGAAGUCGCAUGAUUUUCUCUUGGACGGCGGAGUUAAUGUUCUUGGUCCUCCAAACGAGAUAUUCUCAUCCACGACCGAGUACUUUCGCCAUGUCGUUGACCAGGACCUACGGCAUCUACACGACCAACCAAAUUCGGUCGACGAUGACCAGGAUGCAAGAGAAAAGUAUAUCUACUUUAAUAUCAUGAAGGCCUUGAUCACUCGUCAUGUUCUGCCAGGCCAUGACAAGGGACCGUUCAAGCUCACAUGCGACGAUUUCCAACCUACAAAUAUGAUCGUCAACAACGAACAGGAUCUCAAAGUAGUCGCAGUGAUUGAUUGGGAGUGGUCGUAUACUGCGCCAGCCCAGCUGGUAAAUUCCACGCCGACGUGGCUUCUGAUCCAGUCUCCUAACGCCUGGGCCUCCGUUGAUGAGCGGCUUACUAGGUUCAACUGGCACUUGGAACUAUAUACGCGGAUAUUGGAAGAAGAGGAGCCAAAGAUCCUAGGGGACGGUAUUGUCGCGGACCAGAAGCCCUCGACAAUGUUACGUGCGUGCCAAGAAGAUGGCCGCCAAUGGUUUCACUUCAUCAUCCUACGUGGCUUCAACGGUCCCACCUGUGUCCCGUUUGUAAAGCUCCGGGAGGAGACGAGAGACUGGGAUAAACUUGCUGCUGCUGUCCCAGAAGAAGAUAUCAACUCCUUUGUCCAGAAGAAAAUGGCAGACUUACAGAAGUACGAGAAACAGCUGGUUGAGAUGAAGGAACGAUACAAGAUAGCGCUGCGCGGGGACUUGAAGGAUUUGGACACUUUUCUCUGCAAGAACACGGAAAUGCUUUCUCUCGAUGGAUGGCGCUACCAGUGGCAGUCCUGGACUUGUUUCAAUCGGUAACCCUAACUUGGACGUAUAUGAGUGCCACCGGGCUGAUUUCGCGCGAUCAUCUCUCCUGCACUCUCAUUUUUUCGGAGACCUCAUUCAAUAUUUUUUGCAGUCAGAUCU